AUGUCACUCGUCGACCAACCUGCGACAUAUCAAGCUUUCCGCCGGUCAGCCGAUGGCAAGGCAAUCCAACGGACCACGGAAGCCAUGCCGAGAGCCCUUGGCUCGAAGGAGUUGCUCAUCAAGGUCAACGCAGUCUCUCUCAAUUACCGUGAUGUCGCCAUGCUGCUCGGGACUUAUCCCGUUCCAUGCCUUGAUAACGGUAUCCCGUGCUCCGACGCUUCCGGUACUGUUGUUGCCACCGGAAGUCAAGUCAAGACUUUCAAGGUCGGCGACGCUGUCUCACCAAUUUUUCAUCAGUUGGACACGGACAAGAAAGAGGUCAAUCCUGGCGGUGAAGUCGACGGUGUACUCCGAGAGUAUUUGGUGUGCCAAGAGGACCACCUUGUUCUCAACCCAGCCCACCUCACAGACGAGGAAAUCAGUACGGUGCCGUGUGCCGGUGUCACGGCCUGGACUGCCUUGAACUGUGAUUUGCCAUCCAAGGAAGUCCAUUCGGCGCUAUUGCAAGGUACUGGAGGCGUGAGCAUGUUUGCUUUAUUGAUUUGUCUGGCCCGCGGCAUCAGCCCAAUCAUCACAUCGUCAUCGGACGAGAAACUCAACGCCAUCGCUAAGCUCGGUCAAGAAGGCGAGAUCAGGACGAUCAACUACAAGACGCAUAGUAAUUAUGACGUCGAGGUUCUAAGACUGACCGACAACGUUGGUGUUGACGUUGUUGUCAACAAUGUAGGCAUCACGUCGAUCGAGACCUCAUUGCGAUCCCUUCGAAGGCGCGGAACCAUAUCUCUUGUCGGUUUCCUUGGAGGGAUGGAGGUCGACGCCCAGCCCCACAUCUACGAAGGCAUUCUGCUCAAAUCGUGCACUAUGAGAGGUAUUGCAGUGGGUAGCAGGCAAGAUCACCAAUCGCUUCUUCGUUUCCUGCAAGAGCGCGAUGUCUAUCUCAAGACGAUGAUUGGCAAGAUCUUCCCUUUCGAACAGGCUUCUGACGCUUUCGAGCUGAUGAUGUCCGGAUCGAACGUCGGUCAAAUCGUGAUCAAGAUCAACUGA